AUGCAAUUCAAGGAUAUCGCUGUCCUGCUACGUGGCGUCGGAAUCGAUCUCAUACAUAAUCGAUUUCUUAUCCUGCAGGGAGAAGUAGAACAGAUUGCGUUGAUGAAACCGAAAGCACUGAACGAAAAUGACGAUGGUAUGUUGGAAUAUUUGGAGGAUAUUGUCGGUUCUAGUAGACUCAAGGUUCCGAUCGAAAAACUCCAGCAAAAGAUUGACCAGUUGCAAGAGGAACGAUCGGCUCAGCUAAAUCGCAUGAAAUUUGCGGAAAAAGAGAAAACUGACGCCGAAGGUCCGAUGAAAAAUCUGAUUACUGAACUGCGCGUUGACAAUGGCAUUGCACUUGCUAAGAAUCGCUUGCACCAAGCAGAACGGUGA